UGUUUCGGAGAGUAACUUCCGGUCUCACCUGCGCAGGUGUGACAGACUCUUCAGUAACAUGGAGGACUAAAUCAAACCCUAAACCGAUAUCUGCUCGAGAACUGCUCAGAUCCGCUCAGAAUCCCUCGCAUGUCUUCAUUAAUCUCCAGUUUUGUGUCAUGGAUGUCAUCAGGAGCUGCUCGAAACGAGUUUUAUCGCGUGUGUUCGUCGCGUUCGUGCUGUGCAGGAGUGUGUGCUGUAUCUCAGUCGUGGCUCCAGCAGAGGUCAGUGUGGUCAGAGGAUCCACCGUCACCCUGACCUGCUCCUUCAGCUCCUCCAGCAGAAUCACCAGCCGCAUGUCCAUCGACUGGACCUUCAGACCCGAGAGCGGCGGGCCGGCCAUCACGAUCUUUCACUUCUCGUCUCAGGCGUAUCUGCCGGAGGAUGAUUAUUUUAAGGGUCGUGUGAUGUGGGCCGGCAGCCCGUCGCGGGGCGAAGCAUCGAUCCAGCUGCUGAACACCUCUCUCACUGAUAACGGCACGUACACCUGCGCCGUACGCAACCCCCCCGACGUGCACGGACACCCGGCCCAGACCGUCCUCACCGUCACACCCCAGAGACGCUCGCUGACGUUCACAGAUGUGGGUGUGCUGCUGGUGUUUGUUCUGGGUCCGUCUGGGAUCAUCACACUGGUGCUGCUGGGACGAGUCCUGUGUCCGUGCGGCUCUGUGUCCGAGAAGCGUCCCGCCGCCGCCCAUCACUCGCCCAUCGAGGAGGUCACUGGAGAGGAGUACUUCUACAUCCAGACACCGCAGAAACACCGUCUGUGCUGCUGCUACUUCAGGGAUUAUGAAUAUGAGGACGAGUACAUGAUGGAUGAAAAACCCCAUGAACACACCUUCACUGAGUCACAGUGUUAGACCGGCAACUCCUGAGUGUGUGUGUGUGUGUGUGUGUGUGUGUGUGUGUGUGUGCGUGAAAGAGUGUGCAUGUGUGUGUCAGUGUGUGUGUGUGUGUGUGUGCGCGCAGGUGUUUUUUGCGUGGAUAGUUGAGUGCUAAGCCCCAGAUGUCUUCGUGCUGAUGAGACUGUUCAGAUGUGUAGUUUUGAUUAUGACAGAAAAUGAAAGACUGUUACUGUAAUGACUCAGACGGCUAUAAAGCGAUCUGAUUGGACAUCAGUGAAUCUGCAUACAGCGUCUCCUCGGACGGUCACAUGAUCACUCUCCCAAGAGAUUCGGCCGUUCUGAUUGGCUGAGGCCCUCCAUGUGUCUCUGCUUGUUACUCUGAUCAAAAUCUUUGUACAGAUCCUGUUUUUUUGUGAUAAAUAUGAAAUAUAACUCUAACAUGAUGAACUUGAACGUUAUCACAGAGCAACAUCAGCUUCUGAAUCUGUCUCCGUCUGCUUCCUCUGGCAUCUGCUUCAUUAGAGACGGUGGUGCUGCUGAUUUCAGCGGUCUAAUUAACCAGAAACUUUCAGUUAAUGCUGAAAUAUGAUCCACAUCAUUUAUACAGCAGGUUUAUUCUCUAUGUUUGUAAGUCGCCAAAACAGGCUCGAGUUGUGUUGUGCUUGUUCUGAUGCUUUUUCUAAUGUUUAAGGUCAAAUAUAUUGUAGUAUUAACAAAAUGAACAAAAUCUAAAUAAAGAGCAUUUAAAUUAAA